AUGCGGCGUAUCCUAUUGUCGCUUACACUGUCUCUUUCGCUCCUGUUCAUCAUCUUCAAAACCAAACACAUCGGAGACUAUACCGUCCGAGUUGUCACGCCUGGAUUAAAUCCAGAGAAUCAUAUAUCGCCUUCCCUCUCCACAGGCGACCGGUUUCAUCCCCUCAGACUGACAGAAUGCACUGGUACAACUCCCGGAUACUACGCACCGUGUCUUGCUCGAACAUUACCCAAUGCAGUGUCCGCUGAGGAGCUGAUCUACCCUGCAUUUACUAUCGGCCCUCCGAUAUUCGCUGCGUCCCGUCCCCAAGAUGCUGAACGGUGGUGGAACACAACCUGGAUGAUGUGGGAACGAGCUUAUAAGAUGAAAGGUCGAAUGCGGUAUCCUGAAAAGCACGGUCAGAUAUAUGUCUUCCAAAACGUCACCUUAUCUGCCUCUACACCUUUCGACAACUGGAUCAUGCAAUCCUGCAUGUCCGGCCUCGCUACAACCUCUCAUGUUGUACCUAGCAGCGACAAGCCCACCCAUGACAGCGUGCUGCUUGCAAAUUUCCCAGACUCAUGGUCAAUGCAGCACUUCCUCGACCGCGGCAUGCGAGUAGUGGCUCAGUCGCGAGACCAUCAGACGCGGUACGUAGCUACCGGGCGCGAGGGCCACAAGUCCGUCGAGGAGUUUUGGUCAUACCUUGGAUAUGCCGCAAACCAGGUGCUACAUAGCGAUACGAGUUUCGUAGCAUCGCAGCUAAUCUGGAGCUGUCGUGCACCACUCAUUCACCCCUGGCUGACACAGAGGUCCCUUUCGCUCCUCAGUCCUGAUAGUCUUCAGCCAGUGGAUAAGUCAACUCGAAAACUAAUUCUAUACAUGACGCGAUCGAACGGACUAAAUCUCAAUGCUGGCCGAGAAGUUCUUAAUGAGGAUAUUCUCCUAGCAGAUAUUCAAGCACUUCUCGAUAAAAGAGGGAAAAGGGAGCAACUCAAGAUCUUCAACCACGAAGAUUUUCCCAGCACAGACGCGCUGAUGCGCUACGUUCAUCAGAACGUGAAAGCCGUCAUUGGUCCCCACGGAAGUGCUUUGCAUAACCAUUUCUGGACUGCAGAGGAUACGCUUUUGAUUGAAUUUAUGCCAACGUCGAGGCCAGACUUUGCUUUCUAUGAGGCCGCAAGAAUGCGGGAUCAACCAUAUGCGGUUUUGAUGUUAGAUCCGGUGGAUGACGAGCAUAAUAUGGAGGUGGAUGUACCCGCUGUGUUGGACAUAUUGUCAGAGAGGUUGGACCAGCCGCUGGACAUGAGCGAGCGAUUGAAGGUAGCAUAUGAUUGGGAAGCGGAAGAGCUGGGAGUCAAUUAG